CCGUUCAAAGAAAUCCAAAUCUAGGUACUUAUGUUACACGGAUUCGAUAUCUGAAGCAUUUUUUAUUUCUGUCGAUUGCGUUCGUACGAGCAAAUUAGGGUUUUUUUGGCUCAUCAACCCGUCUGAUUAUCGUUUAGUCAGGUUUUUUUAUUGUAUUAUUCCUCGAUUAUUUUGUUCUGAUUAUUUGCAAACCCUAGUCUAUUUGAUUAGGUUUAAAGAAUUCAUUGAUUCGUAUUCUAUUGCCGCUGAAUCCUUGUUUAUAUGAUGUAUUGAUUGAUUGAUUAUUUUUUAGCUGAUUUUAAGUUCUUUACAAGAAACUCCGUGAAGUUUUUGGUGCGUUGUUUUAGUUUGCCAUCCAAAAUCGAGGGUUUUCUUGUUGGAUCUUUCUACAGUUCGUAGCAUAUUAUAUACAACUCAACUCAACAAAGCUUCAAUCCCAACUAUUUGGGGUCGUAGCUUAGUAUAUAUACACAAAAAAAAAAACUAGAAAAGACAAAAAGACAAAAAAUCGUUUUUUUUUUUAAAAUUUUAUUCUAUUCAAGUAUAGACACGAAAUCUAGGGUUGGCUUGAGAAAUAUUUGAAAUGGCCUUGAAUUUUUCUCACCGACCAAUCUUUCCGGCCCAUAUGUCUGAAGACAAUUUGGUUUCGCCACUGAGGGUUGUUAAUGGGUGUCUUGUGGAAGGAAUUUCAGAGAGAAGUGGGGAGGGUAUUGGUAGGUCCCGGUACAUAAAUCGAGAAGUUGAUGAAUGCUUUGAUCAUGGGAGAGAGCGGGUUGAUAGGUCCAGCUCACCGGACUCUGUAAAAAAAGACGUUAUCGAUCUACUUCCUUCAGAUCCAUUUGGAAUGGAUAUAAGUACUACUUUUACAGCUAUUACGGGCUGGCUUGAGGAUUUGGAAGUGGACUAUGGAGGGUAUGGGAGGAGCAAUGCUGGUGGGAGAAAAGAUGAUUAUGACUUGUUUGCGGGUUUGAAUUUGAUUUGGAACAAUGCUAUGAGGUUCCAACCAUUUUCCUGUAACACUCGAUUUGAUGAGAAAUCUAAUACAUUUCNGGCUUGUGUGCGGUUAUAUCAUCUUGACUUGAUUCUGNGUGUUGCGGAGAGAGAUUUUGGGGAUGUGUUGAUCCGAAGUGGUUCUGAGUCACUCCACGGUUCGGAGGACAUUGUGGGCUUUGGGAGUGGAAGUACUAGUGCUCUUGGCCAACUUGAUGAAUGUUGCCAUAACAGUGAGGGUUGCUGUUCUGAUAAAGAUGUAGGAGUUCCUCAUGAAGCUCUGGUUUUCGCUCUUAGUUAUCUGGAAGUUGGGGAUCUUCUUUCUGUGGGGAUGGUUUGCAGAUCUCUGCGUUCUACAGUCCGAAGUGAUCCCCUUUUGUGGAGGAGCAUCCACAUAGGCCAACCAUUGAAUGAGAAGAUUACUGAUGAUGUUCUUCUUCAACUAAGUAGCAGGGCCCAAGGUAGCCUGCAAUGCUUGAGUUUGGUGGAAUGCCCAUGGAUCACUGAUGAUGGUCUAAAGCAGGUGAUUGAGACUAACUCAAGAUUAACCAAGCUUUGUGUUCCUGGAUGUACAAGACUCAAUAUUGAGGGUAUUGUGAAUUGUGUGAAGGCAUUUCAGUCUAAUAAAGCUACCCCUGGAAUAAAACACUUAAGAAUUGGAGGGCUUUAUGGCGUUACGCAUGAGCACUUCGAAGAGUUGAAGUUCUUACUGGGUGCAGAUUGCCACAUGCAGCAAAAUGGUCACAAACCACAUUUCUAUCAUCGGGGAAACUAUUAUGUGUCGUGUGAUGAUGAUCGUGCUAUUGAUAUUGAAAUAUGCCCAAGAUGCCAGAACUUGAGGCUACUCUAUGAUUGUCCAGCUGAGGGUUGUCAAGCAAAAGAUCAUGCUGAUCAAGUAUGCAGGGCAUGCAGGCUGUGCAUACCUCGGUGUUUUGAGUGUGGUCGAAUGUUUGAAGCAGCUGCUCAAGUGCCAAGAGAAACAAGAUGGGAAGUGGCUGCUGAUGCUGAUGGUAACUCGGUUGCCUAA